GAGUCAUGGCAUUUCCUGUGAGUGUAAACAGAGCCGUCGGGCUGCCAUGGCCUCGUCCUUUAAGUGAGCGAAACAGAGCGUCCGCCGAAGGCUUUUCUCCAUGAAACAGCCGCUCUUCGCUGCAGAUGAACGUGGCGGCGGGAUAUGAGGCGCGUGUGUUAGCGAGCUAACAUGGACGUGGGUUCAAUGCUGUACAACAGUUUAAAGGAUGUGACAUGGAGCUCCACCACUCUGCCCCUGGAUCGGCUGGUCAGUGCCUACAGACUCCCGCAGAUUGUCAAACUGGACGGCGGGGAAUCGGUGGAAGGGCUAAGAGAAAACGACUACCUCUUGAUUCAUUCGUGUCGGCAGUGGACCACGAUCACCGCCCAUAGCCUGGAGGAGGGCCAUUAUGUCAUCGGACCGAAAAUCGAGAUCCCUGUCCAUUAUGAGGGUCAGUUCAAACUCCUGGAGCAGGACAGGGACAUUAAGGAGCCUGUGCAGUACUUCAACAGUGUGGAAGAAGUGGCCAAAGCAUUCCCUGAGCGAGUCUAUGUCAUGGAGGAAAUAACGUUCAAUGUUAAGAUGGCCUCAGGCGAAUGCAAUGAGGACACAGAGGUAUACAACAUCACUCUGAACACUGGCGACGAGUUAACCCUCAUGGGCCAGGCUGAGAUCCUCUAUGCUAAAACGUCGAGGGAAAAGUCACGCUUCAACACCAUCUUCAAGCGGAUUGGAAAGCUCAACUCCAUCGGCAAGCUUGGCCGUGGCAAGAUGCCAUGCCUCAUCUGCAUGAACCACCGCACGAACGAGAGCAUUAGCCUGCCCUUCCAGUGUCGGGGCCGCUUCAGCACCUGCUCCCCCCUGGAGCUGCAGAUGCAGGAGGGCGAGCACACCAUCCGCACCAUCGUGGAAAAGACGCGACUCCCUGUGAAUGUGACUGUGCCCAGCAGCCCACCACGCAACCCGCACGACCUGCACUUGAUCCGCGAGGGUCAUCGCUACAAGCUCGUCAACAUCCAGACGAAGACGGUGGUGGUGUGCUGCGUGCUGCGAUCCAACAAGGUGCUCCCCGUGCACUUUCCUUUGCAUGUAGCCACGGCUUUGCCGCGGCUGUUGGUACCUGAGGGGCUGCUGCAUGGAGAGGCCUGGUUGGAAACAGUGGUUCACCGAUGGUUCACCUACUGCCAGGAGCAGUUCAACAUCGACGACUACUCGAGGGCAGUUCGCGAUGUGCGAGUGGACUGGCUGGAGGAUGGCAAGAGUCCCAAGAAGAGUGGUACUGGAGGAACAGGGAGCGGCAGUGGGGGUGGAAACAGCAGCAACAACGUCGGUAGCAAUGGCUGUCCCGCUCAUGUUCACCUGCCAAGCUCGCUCAGUUCAGCGCGAGACGAGCUCACUCAGUCCUUCCAUCGGCUUUCCGUCUGUGUCUAUGGUAACAAUCUUCAUGGCAACAGUGAGGUGAACCUGCAAGGAUGUGUUAGCCUGUAUGGGGAAUAUGUGCCUCCCGAACCACAAGAUGCAGAUUAUCUGUUUCCCGAGCUGCUAGACACCUCUUCUGGUCAAGGCAGCUUGUAUAAACCGGAUCUGCCAUAUGAGGAACUGUGGCUGGACCACGCAAAGAACCGCGGACCUGUACAUGAGCACACUGAGGCUGUCCGAAUAAACACAAGCAUCUCUAGCUGCCCUCCUGUCCUGCCCUACCCCAGUCCUGGUUCCACUAGUGCUCUCCUCAGUACAGAUAUCAGUCUACCUCCACCCCCUGUGCCUCCAAAGUCAGAAGCUGUGAAAGAGGAGUGUCGGUUGUUGAAUGCUCCUCCAAUUCCACCGCGGAGUUCCAAACAGACAGCUCUAAGCUCAAGCAGUGCCACAGUGCCAUUCCCACCCACCAAACCACGGCAGACAGACACUCGCUCCCCGAGCCCAACCCUGUCCUACUACUCCUCUGGCCUGCACAACAUAGGAGGAGAGAGCGAGCCUUCAAAAGACAUGGAUGAACAGAACCACGUGUGUUACCCAUGCAACUGGAUUCGACCAGAUGGCGGUGAGAGCUCCACACUGCACCCCUGCCUCAGUCCCUCCAUGGACGCCACCCUCUCCCGUCUCUCCUGGCCGAACGACUUCUGCGGAGGCGAUUUACACAAGGGAGAGGACUUCUCAUCAGUCCAGUGCCGCAGUUACUCAAGCUAUCCGAGGAAAAGGACCCCUGGUACCCCUAAGGCUUGUUCCUCAGGCCUCUUUGACUUUGAUAAAGGAGAGAGGUUUGAGGGGACUACUGCAGCCACAAAGACCCAACAUUCUGCUCAGUUUUGUACUAAAUCUACUAGUUAUACCCUGGAAAUGUACAGAGACAAAUCCAUUGAGGAAUGUAACACUAAGCAAAGCCAGUCCUGCCCUAUAUUGCCACCAAGAACCCCCAAAUCCAACGAUGCAAAGAAAGACAGGGAAUGUAAUUCGACAACGGUCACCAGUGUCGAUGCUAAAGAACUUCAGGUGGCAAGCUGCUUGGUCGAAAGGCCACAUCAAAGCACCACAGGGUCGCCAUGGCAACCGCCAACCAACCUUUCAGGCCUUUCCAUCGAAGAGGUCUCCAAGUCACUACGGUUCAUUGGUAUGUCAGAGGACGUGGUUGCGUUGUUUGUCAGAGAGAAAAUUGACGGUAAUUUGCUGCUGCAGCUGACCGAGGAGAUUCUGUCUGAGGACUUUAAGUUAAGCAAAUUACAAGUGAAGAAACUUAUGCAGUUCAUUAGUGGCUGGAGGCCCAAAAUGUAAGCUCGAACAAACCCAAAACUAGUCUAUGGCAAAACAUGCAAUGUGCUGUGAAAAAGCAGCCCCGAACACCUUGGCCUUCAGUAUUGCGUGAGACUGUUUUGUAUCUAUAUGCUAUGCACAGUCCAAAGCCUUGUAAUGAUAUUUUACUGGUUUGUAAAAAAAAACAAAAAACAAAAAAAACAAAACAAAACUAUAUAUAUGUAUAGGGUGCUUUGUGUAUUAACUUUCAUGUCUUGACCUGUACCCCUGUCUUUGUGUAAUUUCUCUCUGUGACCUUAAGGUACCUGCACAAUGAACUUAACACUUUGCUCAAACCCAAAGCCUUGAGAAAUAUGAAUAUUUUGACCCAACCUUACUAUGCCUUCACUUUUCUUGGUUGGUGAUCAAUAAAUAUUAACAAACCC